GGAGUUAAAGGGGAGGGAGAUGAAAUGCAGGAAAAACUGCUGAUCUGCCUGUUCCUGGCUAAUUUGAACCAGACCCCAGGGAAUGGGAGGACAUGCCCACCUGGAAUUCAGAUUUUCAGUUGAAUGCAGCUAAAGUUAAAGAUUUGGUAACAGAUAGUGCAGCUCCGAUAUCCUGCAAUGAAAUGCUAAAGCACACACUGUCUCUGCUUCUCUUCUGUCAAUUCCAGCAUGCUUUCUUUUGGCAUCUCUCAUGGAUCUUGCAAACUGUGUUGACAAAAAGCAAUGGGAGAUUGUUUUUUGCCCUAAGUCUUUAUAUUCAGACUAUAGCUGCUUCCUCUUUCCUACUCACAUUUUCCCAUAUGGUGACUUUGGAAAAUUCCUCUCCGAUUUUGUUGGGAAGUGCAGGAAACUCUCGUUGGUAGAGGGUUGCCUGUUACUCUCUCUCUAAUUCUGCUGCUCACAUCUGGAAAGGAUCUGGCUUGGAAAGGGGAGACUCACUCUGAGCUCAGCGCAUGUAACUGACAUGGCAUGAGCCGAGGGAGCCUGUGGGGGCAAGAGAAAUGUUCUUCUCCAUUCAUCUGAUUUCUGACAGCAAAGGGGCGAUGCCGGCCGGCGGCCGGGCGCUGCUGGCGCUGGGGCUCCUGACGCUGGGCUGCGCCGCCGCCGCCCGCCCGCCGUCCGCCGCCGACAACGACUUCCCCGAGGGCGGCCCCGAGCGGCGGCGGCCGCCCGUCCCGGCCCCCGCCUGCCCCCGCGACUGCGGCUGCAGCCAGGAGGGCGUCGUGGACUGCGGCGGCAUCGACCUGAAGGAGUUCCCGCUCCUGCUGCCGGAGCUGACCAACCACCUCUCCCUGCAGAAUAACCAGAUAGAAGAAAUCUUCCCAGAAGAGCUCGCUCGUCUUUACAGACUGGAAACUCUCAAUUUGCAAAACAACAGGCUAACUUCAAAAGGGUUGCCAGAGGAAGCAUUUGAGCAUCUGGAGAACCUGAAUUACCUGUACCUGGCAAACAAUAAGCUAACAGUGGCUCCGAAGUUCCUACCAAAUACCUUGAUCAGUGCAGAUUUUGCAGCCAAUUAUCUCACUAAGAUAUAUGGGCUCACAUUUGGACAGAAGCCAAACUUGAGAUCUGUGUAUCUUCAUAACAACAAACUUUCAGAUGCUGGGUUACCUGAUAAUAUGUUCAAUGGCUCUGAUAACGUGGAGAUACUCAUCAUGUCCAGCAAUUUCUUGAAGUAUGUUCCAAAGAAUCUUCCUCCAGCACUAUAUAAAUUACACUUAAAGAACAACAAGCUAGAGAAGAUUCCCAAAGGAGCCUUCAGUGAACUUACAGGUCUGCGGGAGCUGUAUUUACAGAAUAACUACUUGACUAAUGAAGGAAUGGAUAACGAAACUUUCUGGAAAUUGUCUAGUCUUGAAUAUCUGGAUUUGUCCAGCAAUAACCUCUCACAAAUCCCAAGUGGUUUACCUCGAAACAUCGUCCUCCUCCACCUGGAGAAGAAUGCAAUUAAGGUGAUUGGCAGAGAUGUCUUAACCCAAAUUAAGAACCUGGAGUACCUACUGCUCCACAAUAACAAACUAAAAGCCCGAGGUAUUCACCCAUUAGCCUUCCAUGGCUUAAAGAAGCUGCACACUGUCCACCUGUACAACAACAUGCUGGAAAGGAUUCCCAGUGGGCUGCCCCGGCGAGUGAAAACACUUAUGAUCCUUCAUAACCAGAUCUCUGAGAUUAACAGGAAUGACUUUGCUACCACUUACUUCCUUGAAGAGCUGAACCUGAGCUACAAUAAGCUCAAAAGUCCCCAGAUCCAUCGGGAGGCCUUCCGUAAACUGAGGCAACUAAAGUCCUUGGAUCUUUCUGGAAACAAUCUCCACACGGUGCCCUUUGGCUUUCCAAAGAACUUGCAGAUUCUGAAGCUGAAGGAGAACGAGAUAAGCAGCAUCCCAAAAGGGACUUUGUCUGGGAUGACAAAGCUGCGGGAACUGUAUUUGAGCAACAAUAAACUGAAAGUAAAUUCCAUUUAUUCAAGAGCGUGGAGAGAACUCAGCAGUCUCCAGUCACUGGACAUGGCUGGCAACCAGCUGACUUCUAUCCCACUAGGCCUGCCGGAAUCUCUAGAAUAUCUAUAUCUUCAGAACAACAAGAUCACAACGAUUUCAGAGAAUGCUUUCGAAUCCACACCCAAAAUAAAGGGGAUUUACCUCAGGUUUAAUAAGAUUGCAGUUGGAGCACUGAAGGAAAGUAUCUUCCAAAACCUAAAGCACUUACAGGUACUGGAUAUUGAAGGGAACCUGGAAUUCAGCAACAGUUCAAAGAAUAAGGAUGACUCAGAAGAGGAAAUGGAAGAUGAGGAAGAGGAAGAAGAACUGAGAUAAAAUGUGAACUUACACAAGCACAUCAUGUGGGAGGAAAGCAUAUGGAAAAUUACAUAUAUGUCUAUGUGUAUAUAUCUAUAUAGAUAUACAGAGAACACUUAGCAAAACGUGCAAUGAAUUACGCAGAAACGGUCAUGGCACUGGGCCAGGCUCAUGGAAGACAGUGUGUUACAGUGCCUUAUUCAGGGAGAGACCCUGAAUGCCUUUCCAAAGCUUCCAAAUCAUCUUAUACAAGACCCAGGAUCAUAAGGGAUUGCUCUGGAACUCACAAAAGCUGGCUUUUGUUUCUUCUGUUUCUAUUCCUUCACUCUUUCCAUCUGUAAUAACAAUAUGGGACUGUUUUGAACACAUGCCUUCAAAUGCUGUUUUUGUCACUGCAUUUUAAGUGAACCAUGUAUAUGCUUUUCCUCCACCCCAAAGAAGCUGUUGUUUAUCAGGUGAGAUAGAUAUUUGCAGUACUUUCAUGCGUGGAGCAGUAUAUGAGGCGUUUUGGCUAUCAAGCAGCAGUAAUAAUUCUGGAUGCAACUAUUCCUCUGUUAUAACAAUGUGUAUAUUUGGAUGAGAAAAACAAAGUAAGGCUGGAUCCCAUAAUAUUUUAUCUUUACUGCCAAAGCCUGCAGUAUAUGCCUGUUUUAGAAAGGUUUUAAGAUAAAACUAUUGCUCUUGUGAAUAUAUAUAAAAAUCUGUAUGUCUGCCUUCCAGAGCUUUGGGAAAGUUUCUGUCUUGCUGUUGUUUGCCCAUGUGGCAGUUUUGUGAAUGUCUCCGAAGGUAUGUCCAGAAGAUUGCGUAACAGUAUGCAGUUUAAUAUAUGUGGUAGAAUUUUUCAUAUAUUGUAUAUCAUUCACAUUAAGAGUCAGAAUUGAGACUAAUGAAGCAAAAGAGAUAAGUGAGUGCAGCGUGUCUUAGGAGAAAACUGUUAAGCAUCAAGAGAAAUUUCUUUGUUUAGUUCAAGUGUGGAGACAGUGCCUGCUGUCAUACUUUCUUAAGGCCUCACCUGGUUUAUGGUGUUGAGCAUUUUCAGCUCCUGUUGGAAUCGUGGAAAAUAUGGAAACGAAGAAAAAGACGACCUGCAGAGAGUUGCUUACUUGAUUAUAAUGUCCUUCAUCUGAGGUAGCUAAUCUGCUUGAGGAAAUGGUCUUUUCUUUUGAGGAUUUCUGAUUGAACACAUGUUGUUUUGCAUGCUGCAUUCCAGGAUUUACUUGGAAACACAGUUGGCUUAAUUUUUCACCAGCUGUUUUUCGUGCUGGAGAAGAUCUAGUUCCACACUCUCCCUUUGGGUUCCCAUAGCACAUGACAGUACUUUCAAGCUGAUAUUUCCUACCUUAGACAAUUCAACACCAUCAUGAAUCGUAGAAGGCAAGAUUGCUUCCUGAAAAAAGUCAAAUCUUGGCCCCCAAAAAAUUGCAAAACCCCACGUUUUUGAAUAUCAGCUACACAGCUGAGCAAUAAAAUAGCCUUCCAGCUGACCUUUGGGAUAGAUUUCUAUGUAAAAUGUUUUCAGAACAUAGCUCAAAUCAAUUAGCCAUCUCCAGCAAACUCCAGUGGAAGUUUUGCUAGUUUAUUAGCAAAACCAAUUUAUUAUACUCUCAAACACUAAAAAUAUGCAGAUUUGUGUAGUUUCGUGGAGAACUGUUGAAUUAUCUUUAAACUUCAAUCCCUUACGCUAUGAUUCUGUGUGAAGUUGGGGGCCCCAGACUCCCUUUGAAUCCCUUGAGAGUCUGAGAAUGCAGAGGUGAAGGUACAUUUUAGCACCUUGUAGGAUCAGGCCCAAAAUUUCAGGAUGAUACAUGCACUGUUAAACUUCUUGAAUGAAGUGUCAGCCUUUGCCAAAGGAGACCCACCUACAGUCAAAGCGGAAUAUCCCGUAGACCAGUAGAGUUAGGAAACCCUUUUCCAAGUUUAUUUCAAAAUAAUUGUACACUAAAUCUGUCCUUUAAAAGGGACAAUGUUUCCCAGCAGGAAAAAAAAAAACAAAAAAAAGACACCCCUUCCCCCCAGUAAAAGCCUCAACUGCCUCCUCCCCCGAGAGAAAUGUCUUUUGAUUGUCAUGUAAGAGAUUGAUGAGGCAGAAUCACAGGCUUGGUUCCUCGCUUAUCUGGUAUCAUCAACACCUGUGACAUUGGACAUAAAACUGUCAAACCAAAA